AUGGAAAAAUUAGAAGAUGUUGAAAAACAAGUAACUGAUAUAUCAUUGGAUGAUGAAUCAUUAGCUUCUUAAACAAGCAAAGAUCAACAACCUGAAUUUUAAACAUCAUAGGAAUUGACACAAUAAAAUUAAGGCAAGUAAAGAAAACAAUAGAAAUAGCAAAAACCCAAAAAAGACUCUGUAGAGGAAAUAAACAAGCUUGGUUUCUGUCCAUUAGGUUGCUCAAAGAUUACUCUAUGGCAUAAACCAGCAAUUGCUGACAUCAAACUAUUGAAAGAACUGAAGGGGAUUAACUUAAUUGUAACCCUUUUAUACGACAAAGAGAAUCCUUUUCCAGUUAUAGAGGAGUGCAAAAAUUAAGAUAUAGAAAAUUUCAGAAUACCUCUGAAGGGUGCAAGUGAUGCAACUCUAAAGGAUCCAGAAAAUAUAGCUAUGAUAGUAGAAAAACUGACUGAAUUGUUUGAUAAAUUGACUUAGAAAGAAUAUAAUGUGCUUAUUCAUUGCUCAGCAGGUGUCCAUAGAACCGGUACAAUAGGAUAUACUCUUAUGAGAAUGAAUGGGCUAGACCAACUAUAAUCCCAUGAAGCAUUAAAAUAAAUGAGAGAAUAGACCUUUUUGGAUGUUGGUGAGAAUAGAAUGCAAAUUGCAGAAUAGAAUUACAUUCCUCUACUUUUAAAAAAUGACUUGUGA